AUUAAGAAAGGGGCUUCGUCGUAGUAGGCUUCGGGAAAUUCUCGUGCUGGAGACGGGGUGCGCCGUCAAAGCGCUCUCUGCAUCGGGUUACGCCAUCAUUCAUCCAGGGUCAUUCGGUUCAGCGGGGUAACGGAGAUGAUGGCCACAUCACGGGCGCGCGUGCCUCCGUGCUCCUCAUGACCGACCGGCGGCGGCGGCAGCAGCAGCGUGCGGGUUUGGGUUUGUUUCACACCGGGCUGGCGUGGAUCCGAUCCCACCGUCUGGUGGAGCGUCUGCCAGGCUUAGUCACCACUGGAGUGUUUGAAGGGUGAAAGUGAAGGAGGAGGCUGAGACGUUACAUCACAACGUGACCGAGAAAGUGAGAGGAAGAGUGUGAGAGAACUGAGAGCGGAGCGAGGGAACAGGACCAAACCGCCAGCACUGGACUGACCCUUGAACUCUGACCUCGGAGCCAACAUGAACGACCAGAACGUAGUGAAAGAGGGAUGGGUGCAGAAGAGAGGUGAAUACAUUAAGAACUGGAGGCCACGGUACUUCCUGUUAAAGACAGAUGGGUCGUUUAUUGGAUAUAAAGAGAAGCCGCAAGAUGCAGAUCUGGCUUAUCCACUCAACAACUUCUCUGUGGCCAAGUGCCAGCUGAUGAAGACGGAGAGACCCAAGCCCAACACCUUCAUCAUCAGGUGUCUGCAGUGGACCACUGUGAUCGAGCGCACCUUUCACGUGGACACGCCUGACGAGAGGGAUGAGUGGGUCGAGGCCAUUCAGAUGGUGGCAGACAAGCUGGCCAAACAGGAAGAGGAAGGAAUCCUGUGUAGCCCCAUCUCUCAGAUCGAAAACGUCAACGAGGAAGAGAUGGACACAUCGACUAGUCAUCACAAACGAAAGACAAUGAAUGACUUUGACUAUCUGAAGCUGCUGGGGAAAGGCACAUUUGGGAAGGUGAUUCUGGUGCGAGAGAAAGCCAGCGGCACAUAUUAUGCAAUGAAGAUCCUGAAAAAGGAGGUUAUUGUUGCCAAGGAUGAAGUUGCUCACACGCUCACCGAGAGCAGAGUCCUGAAGAACACUAGGCAUCCCUUUCUAACUUCACUGAAGUACUCGUUUCAGACGAAGGAUCGUUUAUGUUUUGUUAUGGAGUAUGUGAAUGGAGGAGAGCUGUUCUUUCAUUUGUCGAGAGAGCGCGUAUUUUCGGAGGACAGAACCCGUUUCUACGGCGCUGAGAUCGUUUCUGCAUUGGAUUACUUGCACUCUGCGAAAAUAGUUUACCGUGACCUGAAGCUGGAAAACCUGAUGUUGGAUAAGGACGGUCACAUAAAGAUCACUGAUUUUGGCCUGUGUAAGGAGGGCAUCACAGACACGGCCACCAUGAAAACGUUCUGCGGGACCCCCGAGUAUCUGGCCCCUGAGGUGUUGGAGGACAAUGAUUACGGGAGAGCGGUGGACUGGUGGGGUCUGGGAGUCGUUAUGUAUGAGAUGAUGUGUGGACGCCUUCCUUUUUAUAAUCAGGACCAUGAGAAGCUGUUUGAACUGAUUCUGAUGGAGGAGAUCAAGUUUCCCAGAACCCUCUCUGCAGACGCCAAGUCUUUACUGUCUGGAUUACUCAUCAAAGACCCCAACAAGAGGCUCGGAGGAGGCCCGGACGAUGCAAAGGAGAUCAUGGGACACAGUUUCUUCGCUAUGCUGGACUGGCAGGACGUCUAUGACAAAAAGCUGGUCCCACCGUUCAUGCCGCAGGUCUCGUCUGAGACGGACACCAGGUAUUUCGACGAGGAGUUCACGGCGCAGACCAUCACCAUCACCCCUCCAGAGAAGUACGACGAGGACGGGAUGGACUCGGCCGAUAGCGAACGCAGACCACAUUUCCCACAAUUCUCGUAUUCGGCUAGCGGGCGGGAGUGAUGUCAUCGAAUAACGGCCUUUAAGGAGCCUCGUGUAGUCAUGCUAGAAAGAUCCCCCCCCCCUCCUCCGUUUAAUUACCGAUAGUCAUAGCAAGUCGUUUUUUGUUACUUUCUCUCCAUUUUUUUGUGGGACUUAAAAGGGGUUUUGCACAGUUGGGUGAGACUUGAGCUGGUCGACCCACAUUAAAAAGUCUCGUACACUUACAGCUUGUUGUUUACAGAUCAUGGACAGUGUUUUUCGGGAGGAGGGGGUAUGAUUGAACAGUAUUGGUCAAGACCUGGAGUGUUUUUUUUUUUUUGGUUUUUGUUGAGCACUCCUUUAACAGAGCCGUUGUGGGGAACAAACCAAAAAUGUUGCCUUAUGUGUGUGGAUCUCAUCAGACAGACCUGUUCCUGUGGGGCUCACGAAUUUCAUUUUGUUCUCGCAUUUUUAGCACACACACAUACCCUUUUUUUUUUUUGUGCUUUCGGUAACAGAUGAAAACGGAGAAAGGGGAAAAUGGACUCUAGUGUUAAUAAUAUCUGUGUUUCUCUUUUAGUUUUAUCCUCACGCUCUGAUAUGAAGGUUUCCGUUCAAAUACACAACCAUACAACAAACUGCCGUUACUGUAAAGGUCUCUCAGGCAAUUCAGAGCACAAGUGUGAAUCUCACGAAACACGCCAAGAACACGUCUGUGUCGUAUUUCACUGCAAAUCCAUAAAGAAAAUAAAUCAUAUUUUGCAUGAGGAACAUGGAGCAUAUUUUUAAUAUCAUUUAGAUGUUUUGUACUGCAACAGUUUCAUCACCAACAAAACUCUCAUCACUGCAAAUACAGAAAUAUGUAAUAAUAAUUCUUAUUAUAUAAAAUAUUAUAAAAAAAUAAAGAUAAGUAUUUUGGUAACACUUUACAAUAUGGUUUUAUUUGUUUAAAUCAAUGCACAACAGUAGUUAACAUGAACUAACAAAGAAUAACUGUUAAACAGUAUUUAUUAAUCCUAAUUUUAGCAUUAACCAGUGCAUUUUUAAUUAACAAAUUAUUUUUGUUCACAUUAGUUAAUGCACUGUGAACUAACAAUACAUUUUUAAUUAACUGACAAAAAAUGAUGAAAUGUUGUAAAAAUAUUUUGCACACCGUUAGUUGGUAAAUUAACUAAAGUUAACAAA